ACUUGGUACAUUCCGUGAACAAUAGGAUGAUGAUUUAGGUUCUUUUCUACCUGCUAUAAGAACAUGCUGCACUUUCUGCUCUCACAAAUUCAAGUUUUCAUUGUAGGGUUCAAAUCUUUCCCAGAGUACCGCUCCAUCAUCUCACAGUACCUCAUAUAUAUUAGUUCUACGACCACACAAAACAGCCACCAUGGCUUCUCUUUACAAGCAAUCUGUACCUGUCUUCACGAAAUAUCUGCACAAUCUUUCCGCCAUAGUCAAGAAAGGGGAGACAUUUGCAAAUGAGAAAUCUAUCAAGCACGAUGAAAUCCUGAAUUAUCGUCUCAUUUCUGACAUGAAAGGUCUCAUCUACCAGGUGCAAUCCUGCUGCGACACGGCCGUCUGGUACGUGGACCGCGUGGGCGGUCUCAAGCAUGUGGCCGUCGAGGACAACGAGACGACUUUUGAUCAGCUCUACCAGCGCAUCGAGAGGACGAUCGCGUAUCUCGACGAGGUCGAACCCAGGGCGCUAGACGACAAGGCCGAUGCGAAGGUCCUCAUGGAGACCAAAUCCAUGGGCAAUUUCCAGUUCACUGGACAGGCUUACUUGUCCGAGUUUUCGAUUCCGAAUUUUCAUUUUCAUCUCUCGACUGCAUACUGCAUCUUGAGGACCCAGGGCGUGCAGAUUGGGGCAUUGGACUAUCUGAAGGAUGUAUUCCAUAAGGUGUAAAUUGACAUCUAUAUCUGGCCUGGCGACAGCGAUUUAAUGGAGCCGGGGCGGGGAGUGGAAUGGUGGAUACGAUGGACCCCGCUGGAUGUGUUCAGCAACCUACCCGAUCCUUCCACUAUCCAUGCCUGCAAUUUAACUUUGUGCACCGCAU